AUGUCACUAUCUGACCAAUCGAGCAAACCAAAUGGUGACUGGACUAAUCUUUUAAGGAAUAAAGUAGUUUUUUUAACUGGUGGUGGUGGACAUAUUGGCCGUUCGAUUGCUCACACCUGCUUUUUACAUGGUGCUAAAGUUGUUGUAGGUGAUGUGAAUCUGCAAGCAGCAAAUGAUACAACAAAACAGAUAUCAGCGGAAAAUCAAGAUCGUUUAUUGAGCGUUCACCUCGAUGUGACAGAUGAAAAUAGUAUCAAACAUGCGGUGAAAGUAGGUGUAGACAAGUGGAAUGCCAUUGAUAUUUUAGUGAACUGCGCAGCUGCAUUCAACGUGGGAAUUAUCGAAAACGUCUCGGAUUCUGAUUGGGACACAGUAUAUAAGAUUAACAUUAAAGGUAUUGCCUUGAUGAUAAAAGAAGUUGUUCCAAUUAUGAAAAAGCAACGUAGUGGCUCUAUUAUUAAUAUUUCAAGUGCGGCUGGAAUAGUUGCCAUACCAGCCUUUUUACCAUAUGCGACAACGAAAGGGGCAUUAAUACAGAUGUCAAGAAACUUAGCAUUAGAUCUUGGGCAAUAUAAUAUUCGUGUGAAUUCAAUUAGCCCAGGCGCAGUAGAUACUCCAACGCUUGUAAAUACUGCCAAAGCAUUAAAUAUGACUAAAGAAGAAUUUGAUAAUGCUAAUAUGGGAAAAUGUUUAAAACGUUAUGCUCAUGUACAAGAGAUCGUGAAUAUGGUGGUUUUUCUUGCAUCAGAUUUGUGCACAUUUUGUACAGGAUCGAAUGUCAUCGUCGAUGGUGGUUAUACAGUAGUAUAA